CGGGGCGGGCCCCUAGAUGCCGAGCGCGCGCGGCCAAGUCUCUCCGCGCAGCGUCUCCGCACCGACUGACAGCGCGGCGCCAUGGCCACCGGUCAGCGCGCGAAGGUUGACACUCUGGCCCUGCGACAGCGGCUCCUCAGCUCUUCCUGCAGACUUUUUUUUCCUGAGGAUCCAGUUAAGAUUGUCCGUGGCCAAGGGCAAUACCUGUAUGAUGAACAAGGGGGAGAAUACAUCGAUUGCAUCAACAAUGUGGCUCACGUCGGGCACUGCCACCCUCUCGUGGUCCAGGCUGCACAUGAACAGAACCAGGUGCUCAACACCAACAGCCGAUACCUUCACGACAACAUCGUGGAUUAUGCACAGAGGCUGUCGGAGACCCUGCCAGAGAAGCUCUGUGUGUUUUAUUUCCUGAAUUCUGGGUCAGAAGCCAAUGACCUGGCCUUGCGGCUGGCUCGCCAGUACACGGGACACCAGGAUGUAGUGGUAUUAGACCAUGCUUAUCACGGUCACCUGAGCUCCCUGAUUGACAUCAGUCCAUACAAGUUCCGGUACCUGGAUGGCCAGAAGGAAUGGGUCCACGUGGCACCUCUCCCAGACACCUACCGGGGCCCUUACCGGGAAGAUCACCCCAAUCCAGCUAUGGCCUAUGCCAAUGAAGUGAAACGUGUGGUCAGCAACGCACAGGAGAAGGGCAGGAAGAUUGCAGCCUUCUUCGUGGAGUCUCUGCCCAGCGUGGGAGGGCAGAUCAUUCCCCCUGCUGGCUACUUUUCCCACGUAGCAGAGCACAUCCACAGGGCUGGAGGGGUCUUUGUCGCAGAUGAGAUCCAGGUUGGCUUUGGCCGAGUAGGCAAGCACUUCUGGGCCUUCCAGCUGCAGGGGGAAGACUUUGUCCCUGACAUUGUCACCAUGGGCAAGUCCAUUGGCAAUGGUCACCCUGUUGCCUGCGUGGCCACCACCCAAGCUGUGUCAAGGGCAUUUGAAGCCACCGGCAUCGAAUACUUCAACACGUUUGGGGGAAGCCCAGUGUCCUGUGCUGUGGGGCUGGCAGUCCUGGAUGUCUUAGAGAAGGAGCAACUCCAGACUCAUGCUACCUGUGUGGGGAGCUUUCUGAUGGAACUCCUCAGGCAACAAAAAGCCAAACAUCCCAUCAUUGGUGAUGUCAGGGGUGUUGGACUCUUCAUUGGUGUGGAUCUGGUCAAAGAUGAGGCCACGAGGAUGCCAGCAACCCAAGAGGCUGACUAUGUGGUAACCAGGCUGAAGGAGAACUACAUUUUGCUAAGUGCUGAUGGCCCCGGGAGGAACAUUUUGAAGUUCAAGCCCCCAAUGUGUUUCAGCCUGGACAAUGCACAACAUGUGGUGACAAAGCUGGAUGCCAUUCUGACAGAUAUGGAAGAGAAGGUGAGAAGCUGUGAAACACUGAGACUUCAGCCUAGCUCAGUCAAGCAUCCUCCAGGGUCCACAGGUCCAGGCUGCAGAGCGGCAGCAGGAAGCAGACCCUCUAACCUGGUUCUAGGUAACCUGGUAAUAAAAUCAACCCCUAAUGCCGCUCUGGCCUGAGACACCACACGCUGCCUAAACAACUAGAGCUCUGGAAAUAGUAAAACAGGAGAGUGAUUUCCAGGGGGGAAAUUUUAAAUAAGAUGCACAUGGGACAGGCCAUAGAAAGUUUGCCAAGUUAAAUUUGGUACAUAAUUGUGUUCACUCCGUAUCCAAACAAAGCGUGUGCGGUCAGUCAGUCAGCUGCUCCUGCUGCCGCCUCAGUAUGGCUUGUAGUUAUUCUGAUGACCACCGCGUCGCUGGCUCUUCCCGUAAUUUGUACUACCCUGACCUAGGGACAAGAACAACGUAGCAGCUACUACUUACUGAGCAUUUAUUUACCUUGUGCCAGGCGCUUGACACGCAUCCUCACAGGAUCCUCAAAAGCCCUGUACAGUAGGAAUCGCCUCUGUUUUACUGAGGCCCCAGAGCUAGUGCUCCAUUGGGUAGCUCCAGUGCCUGAGCCAGGGCCUGUCUGACUCCAAAGCCCUUGCUGCCA